AUGUCAAAUAAAGGUUAAUUCAAUUAUUUUGAAAAUGCAUGUGUGGAAACAAAGAGUACUGAUUUAGGAUGCAAUUCUAAUUUGAAUAAAAAUGCUUGUUUGCAAUAGUAAAGAAAUAUAGACGGUAAUGAAGUCAGAUGUUUUUUUAGGAAAAGGUGCACUAAUGCAAAUUAAUUUCAUUUAAAGAAAUUAAAUUGUGACUCAAACUUUUCGAUUUAUGCUUGUGUUAAUCUAUCUGGAAAAAAGUGUAUUUGGACAAAUAACACUUGUGUUUCUUACAAUAGUGAGAUUUAAAACGGAGAAAACUGCGAAACCAUCUUCUAGGUGCCAGUCACUCCCAAUUUAUGUGCUUAGAUUCAAAAUCUAUAAUGUAGAUAUUAGAGAAUAAGCGAUAGGUUACAAUAACGGUUUUUAAAAUGGAUAUUUCUGUUAGUCAGUAUAAGAAUUACAACUUCAAAAGUUCACAUGCAACACGCUAGGACUAAAUAAAGAUGCUUGUGUUGCGAUAUAAACUGCAGGAUAAAGAUGUAAGAAAAAAAGAAUUAUAUUUUAGGCAUUUUUAUAAAUAACAUAUGUCGAAACUUCCAGACAGAAGAUGAAUUAAGCUGUUUAAGUUAUUUAAACAAGGAAGCAUGUCUGAGUAUUUCAAAUCCAGCAUUACAAUGUGUUUGGAAUAAUAAGGGCUGUUAAAAUUACUCUGUUUUAAGUGAGGAUAGUUGUGAAAUGUUAAAAAACGUAAACCCCAGUGUUUGCAGAGCUAUGCCCAUAUUUUGUUAUUAUGAUGAAAUAAAUCAUUAGUGUUUAUCUCCAAACCCAAAUUUGAAGCAAACUUGCACAACUAAAGGUCUAAAUGAAAUUGGCUGCUUAAAUUAUUAUUUAGGUAUAUAUAUUAGCGCAGAAGGAUGCCAGGAAUUAAGAGAUGAUCAGUUAAAUAAGAUAAGUUGCACUGAUUCUAUAAAUGAAGAAGCUUGUAUUAAUGUUAGUACUCCAUUUCAAUAUUGUUAAUGGAAUGGGGAAAAAUGUCUAAGAAUUCCUUUGAAUUAAGAUUUAGACUGCCCAUUGCCAUCAGAGAAUGGAAAGUACUAUUAAGUAAAUGGAAAUGUGUGUUAAGCAAUAUCAAAAUAGAAUAUAGGAUGUAAAUAUAAUCUAACCACUAAACUCUGCGAGAGAAGUACUGGAUAAGAGAUCUGUACAACUCCUUAUCUCAAUUUGUCAGCCUGUGUUUAGAUUUCUUAAGCUAUGACUUGUAGUUGGAGGGAAGAAAUUAGCAAAUGUGAGUUAGUGAAUGUGAUAGAUUAAGUCACAAAAUGCACUGAUUUGAAAUACUCCAAUCCACUGGCAUGCUCUUAGAUUUCCGAAUUUGUAAGUAACAAGGCUAUAGGUUGUUAUUUUGACAGCACGACCCAAUAAUGUGAUGUUUUAGAUAACGAUAACCUUGCCCAGAUGGAGUGCUUGCAAUUAGGAUUAAACAAAUAUGGAUGCACUAUGAUUACAAAGGUUGGAUAGAGAUGUAGGUGGUUCCGAGGGUAAUGUACAAGCAUCAGAAGCAAGGAGUAAAUUGCUUAAGUUUCAUGCAUUGAACUCAAAUAUGUUAACCCUGGAACUUGUAGUUUGGUCACUUUCAAUAAAGAGGUUUGUAAAUACAGUAGUGAUGGCUAUGGGUGUGUGAACAGUAUUAAUUCUAGUGACACUGGAGAUUAUUGUAAUACUUUGGGUUUGAACUCUUUUGCUUGUUCUUAGAUUACGAGAAACCUCGAAGGAUGUUAUUUUGAUAAAGUCAAUAAUGUCUGCGUAUUAGCUCCUGAUAAGAAAUCAGCAGAUGAAAGUGUUUAGGCUGCUUCAAAACUAUUAUUAAAUACUGCCAAAUGUGUGGCUAGUUCUCCUACUCAGAAUAUUUGUAUUGCUAUAGAGACCUUGGGUGAGUAAUGCACAUGGAAUUUUAGAUCGAGUGGAUGUGAGUAUCAGUAUGUCUAAUUUAAUGAGAAAUGCUUAGAUUACAAUACUGCAGAGAAAUAAAAAACUAUUCCAGGAAUGUAGAUUUCUAUAAAUGCCAAUGUUUGUGCCAGCAUCCUCAUGAAUUAUCCUAAUAAAGACCCAACAGUGUUAACAAAGGUAGUAGAUUCACUGAGAGGGUAUUGUUAAUUUGAUGGAAAAGGGAACUGCAUUAAGUUUUUGUAAACUCCUUGUACUUCUGAAUGCUGUACAGAGUUAGUAGGAAUCAAUGCUCAUGUUUGCAGUAGAUUUACAACUGGCUAAUAUUGUUACUUCAAUGAGUACAAUAAAUGUGUAAAAUUAACUGAUGAAAUUGUUGAUACGAGUUAAAUUAAAGCGGUUAAAGAUUACUAUAAUUUCAAACAAUACAAAUGUUCAUCAAUGAAUGUAAAUACUUGUUGGAUGAUUGAUUGGUCUCCUACUUAGUAAUGUUAUUGGGAUGGACUUGUGUGUACACAGAUUAAUCUUAGUGACUAUGCAACUUUUGUUUUAAUAAAUGGUUAUAGAACAACGAAUAAAUAUGGAUGUUAGGGAAUCGAGGGAGAUAAGAAAAAAACAUAUGUCAUGAAAUACUAUAAAUAUGUUUCUGAUACUACUACUUGCAUCCCUUAUCCUGUCGUAAUUACUGCCUGUGAAACUGAAGGAAUUAACUUAAAUGUUUGUCUAGGACAAUCCCCUGAAAUUUAUUGCUAAUGGGAUAAAAUUAAUUUAUAAUGUGUCACCAUUGAUGAUGUCUACUCGUUAUACACCUGCAAUGAAUUUCAAAAUAAAAAAGCCUGCGUUGAAAAUCCUUAUGCUCCGUGUGCCUUCCUUACUUCGACUGAUAAAUGCAUAACAAGCCCUUCGGAUAUUAAUUGCGAAGACUUUAAUGUAGGUAAAGACUAUGAGGGAGCAGUAAAUGAAAAAGCCUGUUUAAACAUCACUAAAGGAGGCUAAAUUUGUCAGUAUAAUUCUACUCUAAAAUUAUGUGUAUCUGUAAGUAAGGCUGCAUAGGAUAGUUGUGAUCUACCUGGCAUUAAUUCAAUCGGAUGUUAUUAUAUUACUACUGCUAAUUGCAGAUGGGAUCCCAUAAAUCUGAAUUGCUACGAGGAAGGAGAUAAUAUUAAUAAACAAUUAUGUUUAUCACUAUUAAAUGACAAUUGUGAAUGGUCAAUAACUAAUAUGAAAUGCUCAUAAGUAGAACAGCUGGGUAUAUAUAAAAUUGAAACCUAUUAUAAUGCAUAAGCAUGUACCAACUUAACUGGGAAGGCAUAUUAUUUUACAGCUACUAAUAACAACGCCACAACCUAAUGCUAAAUACUGACUACAUUCACUAAUAAAUGCACAGACUAUAUAAUGAAUAAACAAGCUUGUCUAUUGAACACAAAAGGGUACAAGUGUUUCUUUGACCCAAAUGAAGUUCCUGAGAAAAAGUGCUAAUUUUUCAAGGAAGUAUAAUUGGUCUGUUCGUCAUUAAUUUAAAUUAACAUAGAAAUAUGCAUGAACAUUCCAACAUAAUGUUACUUUGAAGAAUCAUCCUUAAGUUGUAAGACAGCCAAAGUUUUUAAUACUGAUAAGUGUUCAACAUUAAUAGCAGUAGUGGGUAUGCAUUACAACAAAAUGGCUUGUUCAUCUAUUAGUAGAACAAUAACUGACAAAUCUUAGGAUGACACAAAGAAAAUUUGUUCUAAAUAGCCUCUCUCAAAUAAUUCUUAAUAAUGCUAUUUUGAGAAAUACUGUGCUUGGGAUGAAAAUACCUAUGGGUGUAUUUUAUAACAAAUAGCUAAGGGUACAUACACCCCCCCAGGUUAGCAAUAGAGUGAACAAUGCUCUCUUUCUCCUACAACAAUUAAUUGUUCAAAUAUUUAUUCCGAGGCUGUUUGUCUUGAAUUUGGAUCAGGUUGCUACUUUGAUAUUAGUUAAGGAGGUUGUAAUACUUAUACUUCUAAUCUAUUCAAAGUUAGGGAUUGCUCUCAAAUUAAUGGAACAGAUUGUACAAACAGUAAGACACCCAAUGCCUAUUGUAAAAAGGUGGUGAAUGCUGGUGAGUUAACAGACGGCUGCGAAUAGGAUGUAAUAAACUAGGAUUAUUGUGAAAAUGAUUAAAGUGUCGCAAGCAAAUCUUGCAGUUCCUUAGAUACUUCAACUACAGCAAGUGAUUGUGCUCAAGCCAGUGAUGCAUGCUAUCUAAAUACUAAAUGUGCUAGUCCUACAUCUUAUGAAAAUAUCACUUGUGCUAGUCCUGGAGUUAGCCAAGUAUUAUGCUUACAGUUAAAUCCACCAUGUGAAUUUUCUUCAGGCUCUUGUACUCCAAUAUCGAUCCCAACACUCAGCUCUAAUGGAUAAAACUAUUACUAUAUCUGUAAUGAAGUCAAUUUGUAAACCACAAAUAAAUCAGAAUAUAUAUGUGGUAAUAUAACUGCAGCUCCUUGCAAAUAUUCACUUAAUUCAUGUCAGAAUGCCUUUUUCGAAUUAUGUUCUGACCUUGCAGGAUUGACAGUCUCUGUUGUUACCUGUAAUCAAUGCUAAGGGUUUCCUGCUGCCUACGAUUAUACCACUAAUCAAUGUUAACAGAUUAAUAGUUUGAAAUCUAGUUGCGACCUCUUAUUAAAAGAAGCAGACUGUUAAGUUGAUCUCAAAAGCUGCUAUUGGGAUAGUUAAGUCAAAAAAUGUCAAAUUAAUUUACAUAGAUUGAACAGAUAGAGUUGUGCUUAGUUAACCACUGACAUUUUAGCAAUUUGGGACGAAACCACAAAUUUGUGUGAAAUCAAGACUGAAAAUCAAAUCUAAAGUCUUACAGACUGUUCCAUUUUAAGUAGAAAGGCUUGCAUAAUCCCUUCUUAGUCAUGCUGGAUUAAUUCAACAACCUUAUAAUGUGAAGAUGCUACCUCGAUUAUGGCCACUUGUUAAGAAAUUAAUGGUUUUAAUGCCAAAUAAUAGCACUGUCUAGUAUCAAACAAAGAACCUUGUAAAUGGAGUACAACAUGUGUAUCAGCAAACUUAGCAAGUGAUCCUUGUGAUGGAUUGAACAAAUAUGGCUGUCUCCAUAUUCAGCAGAAGUUAAAUUGUGCUUGGUCAGAUCACGAUAAAAAUUGUCGAGCCAUUGCUGUAAAUCUAGCUUUAGGAUGUAAUAAGUAUUCUGAUGGAUUUUGGCAUUAUUAUUAUCAAGUAAAUUCUUAUAUAUGUGCUUAAUUAACAGUUGGAACUUGCUAUUUAGAUACCAAUUCCAACAAAUGUACAUCAGUUGGUACUAAAAACAUAGAAUGUGCAAAUCACAAAGGUAUUAACAAGCUGGCUUGCCUUACAAGCACAAUAGAUACUUGCAAAUUUGAUUCAACUCAAUUUUAAUGCAUUCCUACUCCCAUAGACGAUUAGCAAUGUUCUGAUUUAUUAAAUACAGGAAAAUGCUGUUUAGAUAGUUUAAAUCAAGUUGCUUGUUUGUCAAUGCCCAAUGCGUACUGCAAAUUCAAUCUGAAUGUCUGUUCAACUUUCUAUGUGUUGGAUAAAAAAACUCCAACUGCAGCUACUAUUAGUUCAAAGAUACCAGGUACUUAAAAACUAUCUCCUAAUAUUUGUGAUUACUUUAAUAAUAAUAUUGUUGGAGCUUAUUUUAUCUAUGAUACAGUAAGACUUUAAUGCAUCAAUAUUGAUAAGCCUAGUCCAUCAAAAUAUUUUGCAUAGUGUCGAUCAGUUUCUAUUAGUCAAAAAGGAUGUCUAGAGAAGACAAAUGAUUAUUGUUAGUAUGAAAAUAGUUCUUGCUAAUCAAUGAGUUUAGACAUAGUAAAACUACAGAAAGAGUGUAAUUAGGCUUACAAUUGGAAAACCUGUAUUUCAAUCAAUGCAUUUUGUAAAUUUCAAGGAGGCAAGUGUGUUCCUCUUGGAUUAACUGAUACUUGUUCUAAUUUAUCUGAUGCAAUUGUGGGUCCACAAGUUUGUGCAUAAUUUCCUACACCUUGCAAAUACAAUUCAUUAACUUACUCUUGUGUUGUUGUGGUUUUAAAAACCGAAGUAUGCUCAUCCAUUGGGUUGAGUAAAUCUGGUUGUCUAGCUUAUACACCCUCAUAAUUCUGCAUUUUUGAUGCUGUUAAUUUUAGAUGCACUUCCACUUAUGAUAUUUCAAUCCCUUGUGCAGAUACGAAUACACCAAAGAAAUGGUAUAUCAAUCAAGCUAAAUGCCAAUUCAUCAAAACUGCAGGAAAUUAUUGUCAAUUCACUCCUGGAGAUCAAGGUGAAUGUUUAGAUAUUCCAAGUAAUUUAUUCACAGGAGCAUGUUUGGUACCUGAUGUUCAAACUAAUCCAAUCACCUGCAGAAGAGCAACUGAUUAGCCUUGCUUUUAUAAUGUAAUUACGAAAAAAUGUGCUAUUGGAGAUGUAAAUAUAAUCCCUUGGAGUCUUGGAUUAUCUUUUAAUAAAUUAGCUUGUGUAAAAUAUGAUCAUGCGGUGUUUAAAGUGAAGUUGAUUUGGGAUGAUGACAAAGGUUGCAUAGAAUUGACAAUAAAUGAUUUAGCAAACAUUUAGUGUUCAUCACCAGUUAAUAGACUGGCUUGUGUUUCAAUUACUAAUCCAUCUUAAUUUUGUUAAUUCAAAGCGGCCACAUUAAAAUGUGAAUCCUAUGAUUACAUAAUCCCUCCCUUAGAUAGUAAAUUAUGUGCUUAAUUGACUAAUGUGAAUAGAUUUGAAUUUUGUUAGUAUGCAAGUGAUUCUUGUGUCUAUAAUUCAUCCGAUCGUAAUUGUGUUGCAACUUAGCCUACUAUAAACAAUUCUGGAGAUUGCUUCAACAUAGGUAUGAGCAAAUUAAUGUGUGCAAAUUUUUCGAGUAAUUGCAAUUUCAAUGACGAAAGACGUUUUUGUUAUGGAGGAAGUAUCUUCUGCAAAGACAAUACUCCUACUGGUUGUAAAGAUGUUAAGACUGAGCCUUGCUGGAUUGUUAAUUCAAGUUGUAAAGGCAUAAGUUUUUAGGAUCUUAAAACUACAGAGUGCUUAAAUGCUGUCAAUUAAAUUGGUUGCACUUCCAUUUCAAAUCCUUAGAAAGUAUGUCAAUAUGAUAUCCAAACUUCAACAUGUAAUGAAAUCGUUGCACUUACUAAACCUUGUGCCUCAUAUACCUAUGUAAGCACUAGCAAAGCAUGUGAAUUUACAACUGAUACUGCUUGUAAAUUCGAUUUCUCAACUAAAUCCUGCAAAGUAGUCUCCAUCACAGAUGUAUUCGAAUGUGAUAGAGGACUGAAUUAUUUAGCCUGCUCUACCUAUACUAGACCAUCAUUGUAAUGUAAAUUUGGUAAAUACUGCUAUGGUCCAACAUCUGGCAUUUCAAAAUGCGCAGAUUCACUAAAUAAGGAAGUAUGCUUGAAUUUCAUUUAUUUUUGCACUUGGGAUUUCUCAAAUUCAUUAUGCAUUGAUUAUAAUUUAAAUGGACAAACUUGUUAACAACUCUAAGAUCAAAAGACUGUAGUGUCUAGUUAAGUUUGUUAUAAUGCAUAGGUUUAAGAUGGAAGUGCUUGUGUUUUUGAUGUAUACACAUUCACAUGUAAAAUCAUCUAACCAUAAUCAUGCUUUGAACUUGAAUCACAAAAGCAAUGCCAAUCAUAAACUGAACUACCAUGUUUAUGGCUGAAUGGUUCUUGCUAACUCUUUUAAGCAGUUUCAACUGACACUUGUUAAUAUGUUGGAAGUUUGGGAUCUAAAAAUGCUUGUCUGAGUAUUUUCAGGAAAGGACAAUUUUGUCAAUAUCACGAUUUUAAUUGUGUUACAUACAAAGAAAAUUAUGAUGCUGACAAUUGUCUUAACAACAUUAAUAAAAUAGCCUGCGUUUCUUAAUAAACCAGUUCUUGCAUAUGGAAAACAGUUCUAAAAGAGAUUUAAGAGGUCUAGAUGUUUUUGGGAACUUGUGAAAAGUUAGAAAAUCCAACCAAUUAUGAUUGCGACAGUGCCCUUAGUUAUAAAUCAUGCUUAUCAAUUUCGAAAUAUGGUCAACACUGCAGAUGGAUCAAAGGAGAAUGUUAAAGGAUUGAAUAGCAAUCAGGAGUUGUUAUCAAUUAUAACACCUAUUAAUUGAUUAAUUAAAAUGCUUGUGGACUCGUUAAUCAGGAUAAAGUUCGAUAUUAAGAGUAAACGAAAUCAUGUUAGUUGAUAAAAGACAAUGAAACAGUUACAUGCAAAUGUGGCAAGGAAACAAAAGGAUUAAAUAAGGAGGCUUGUUUGAGUAUUGUGUAUGAGAAUUGCAAAUGGAUUCCUACUCAAUCAAGAUGUGCAGAGUAUUAGAGUUUAUGUGAUAUUAAAUGA